AGGUGCCAAGUGUCUUUCUUAUAUUGUUUAUGGUACCAGCAAGUCCGCCCUCGAUGCCUGGCACUGUGCGAGCUAGAAAGACAUAGGGUGUAUAAUCCUCCUGUUGUAAGCUGUGUGUAUUUAUGUGUUUUUUCCGCACUUGACCUCAUAACGACAACGUCUUGUCACUAUGGCAACAACUUUGUGUACUACCCCAGAAACCCGCUGAAACCCGAGAUUAUUUAUUAAUUUAUUUUUACCCCGAUAUUGUUCCAAAUACCUAUACUACAGAGACUCCAAGAGCUUCCAUAUCCGAGGUCUAAAAUCUUGUCCCUAACAUCUCUUGACAUCCCCCUCGUCUUACCCACGCUGGUGGAGAGGUUCAAACAGAAGAAACUGAUUGCGUGGACAGGCUUUAGACACAUAGGAUAGAUGAAGAAAAGCAAGCCCCCCUCCUCCAGGAGAGCUGAAAUCCAUCAACUCUACCAAGUCUAUGCCGCAGGACUGGAAACUUUGAGUGCCCGUGCACUGCUGAUGUUCCUCCACAAGGAGCAGAAGGAACUCACAGCAAAUGAAGAAAAAGCAGAGAGUUUGAUCGAUAGAUUUGAGAUCAACGAGACAGCCAGAGAAAACAGCUCAAUGACCUUUGAAGGGUUCCUCAGGUACAUGGAGUCCAAAGAGUGCUGUGUGUUCAACCAGGCCCACACGUCAGUGUACCAGGACAUGGACCAGCCUCUUACCAGUUAUUUCAUCUCCACAUCACACAACACCUACCUGACCGGAGAUCAGCUAGUAGGGCAAAGCAGCCUGGAUGCCUAUGUUAGUGCUCUGAGGAAAGGCUGUCGCUGCCUGGAGAUUGACUGCUGGGAUGGGCCAGACAUGGAGCCCGUAGUUUACCAUGGCCACACCCUCACCAGCAAGAUACUUUUUAAGGAUGUCAUCACCACUGUGGGGCAGCACGCCUUUGAGGUGUCUGCUUAUCCAGUGAUUCUCUCUUUGGAAAACCAUUGCUCCCGGGAGCAGCAGGAGGUCAUGGCCCAGUAUCUUAUCUGUAUCCUGGGGGAAAACCUGCUGAUAGCUCCCUUGGAUCACCCGACUGCUGGAGACCUCCCAAGUCCAAAUGAUUGCCAGGACCUGAAGUAUAAGAUCCUCAUCAAGAAUAAAAAGCUCAAGCGUCAGAUUAAGACAGAGGAUGCUGCAGAGGGAGAGGAGAGUGCAAAUGAGGGUGAGGAGGAGGAGGAGGAGGAGGAGCAGGAUGAGGAGGAAGAGGAUCAUCAAACAAAAGCAAAGUUCUGGUCUCCCAGAAAGGCAGGGUCAAAGAAGAAAAAGAAGAAGGUGGUGGUAGCUGAGGCUUUGUCUGACCUUGUUAUAUACACAAGGUCUGUCAAGUUCAUCAGUUUCAGUCACUCCAGGGACAAUCAAAACUGUUAUGAGAACACAUCCAUGGAAGAGAAGAAGGCUCGCAAGCUACUCAAAGCUUCAGGUUCGGAUUUUGUUGAACACAACCAGAGGUUCCUCAGUAGGAUUUAUCCAACGGGCUUGAGGAUGUCAUCCUCAAACUAUAACCCUGUGGAAUUUUGGAAUGCCGGUUCUCAGCUUGUGGCACUCAAUUUCCAGUCUCCGGGCUUGCCUAUGGACCUUAAUGAUGGACUUUUCCAGGACAACGGGGGUUGUGGCUACGUCCUGAAGCCAGCGGUUCUCAUGUCCACCCAGAUGCGCUUUGAUCCCAGCAGCAGCCAGCACAAGCGUAAAUCAACAUCCCUGCUGCUCAAGGUGAUCAGUGGGUCCAACCUACCCCUACCCAGGAGUGGAAAAGCUCUAGACCCCUUUGUGAGAGUGGAGAUUCAUGGGAUUGCAUCAGACUCCUGCAGAAAAAACACACAUACUGUCAAAAACAAUUCUCUGAGUCCUCGCUGGGAUACUGACAUGUCCUUCACGAUUCGCUUGCCUGAACUGUGCCUCGUUCGCUUCUGUGUCAGAGAUCAGACCGGCAUUCUCAGCAGCGAGUUUGUAGGCCAGUACACCCUGCCCUUCAAGAGUCUGAAGAAAGGCUACAGGUGGGUGCCUCUCCUAUCCAAAGACGGCUUCAGCCUGGAUCCAGCCUCCCUAUUUGUCUAUAUCUCGCAUUCCUAAAAAACACAUCUCAGUAUCAGACUCUCUCACAUGGCGACACAGGCACACACGCACACCUUGCCAGCAGAUAGAGAAGCGUAGCUGAUGUGGGAGCAGCAGCGGCAGCAACAAUGAAAAUAUAUAAAUAAAUCAAAAAGAACCAUUUCCUCAGAUAUAAAUACCACUUUUAUUGUCAGAAAAUAGAAGUGCAUUUAUUUUUCCCCACUGCCUGCAACUGAGUGCUGCAGAAGAAAAGACCAGAAGGCUCCAGUGAGUCUGAAGACACAUAAUAGUUCUCUCCUUGCAUCUCUAAAGUAAUAGAGACAUUCCUAGAGUAAUGAUUUUAGAGGAGUAGAUUGAUCUCUUUUCUUUUUUAUGUGGUAAACUUGAUUGCACAUGCUGUAAAAGGGUCUUGCACAUCCACAUUUUUUGUGGGGGAAAGAGGUGUUUAUCAUUAAUGAUCAGCUAAACAAUACAUCAGGCCUGAAACGGAUUGUAGCGCCAGGAUAAAUUAAUACUCCAUGAGCACGGUUUUUAAAGAGUACCAUCUUACAGGCCUACUUCCCUGUGAGAGACCCUUCAGGGAAUAAUAUAAAUAAGAUUCACAGAGGUAUACAUAAUUUAACCAGAUCCAGUUCAGGGAAGUCUAUUUCCAUCCUCUUUCGCCACUAAAUCACUAUGAAUGAGGCAGAGGAAAGUACGGGUCAGCAGGCCUGUCAAGAGAAAGGACAGCAUUAAGAUAACACGAAGACCUGGUUGUGCCUUGAAAGUGUGUGUCUUAUUUUUCUUUCCUUUUUUGUCAUCAUGUGAUUGUCUGCCUUCGCGUGCACACACGUGCUAAAUUGGUGCUCAAAUGCUCCUGAUGGAUAAGGCAAAAGCUGGUGAGGGGGCGAGUGUUAACUCAGCCCCAUGGGCCAAAAAGGCAGAGUUGUCAUCCUGCUCACACGCUUUCCCUCACCCCCUCACGCCUCCAGUCCCACCGGUCAAGGACAGCGCAGUUGACGCAGCCUGAGGGGACAAACACACUCAGGUAACAAACCGGCGGCGCUGCAUCACCUCCUCUGUCGCGUCAACAGCCUCGGCGACGUAAACGUUUACAAGGUCUGCUUUUUGCUCUCGGUAAAAACAAAGUCAAGUGCAAACGAAAGUGCCACAGUGAUUAUAAAAUAAGUUUCCUUCAUCCAUCACCAA